AUGUCAAAUCAAAAUCCAGUUUUAAGUGAUACAGAAGAGAUGGAGGAAAAUGAUUCGGAUACUUCAAUGGAACAGGAAGAAUUGAAUAACCCCUCAACUUCAACUUCUACUCCAAAGACAAGAAAAUCAAAGCUAAAUCGAACCAGCACGACACAGGAUGAUGAUGAUUCGGAUACUUCAGGGGAACUGGAAGAAUUGAAUAACCCCUCAACUUCAACUUCUACUCCAAAGACAAAAAAAUCAAAGCUAAAUCGAACCAGCACGACACAGGAUGAUGAUGAUUCACUGGAAGAUUUUACAACUUCAACUCCCCAAAAAUCAAAGUCAAACCGAACCAACACCCGUCAACGAACACGGGGAACCUCACCAGGCCCAGACACUAGAAGGAGAUCAUCUUCGGAUAUUGGAUAUAACAAACGUAUAUUAUUUCCAUUUAAAUAUUCUAUCACGAUGAAUGAUGUGGUAAAAGAGUGUAAAUAUAAG